GCGGGAGGAUGCGGCUGAAGCUGGGCUUCCUGCUGCGCGCCGUGCUGCUGGCGGGCAGCUUCUUGGGGCUGCUGCUGCUCUGGUCUUCGCUGUCGCCCCGCGCCGAGGAGUCGGAUCUCCCGGGACGGACGCGGGAUGACAAAGAAGCCAACAGACCCUUGCCAAACAAAGGAGACCAUGGACUAGGAAAUGAGAAAUUCAAACCUGUGGUACCUUGGCCUCAUGUUGAAGGUGUGGAAGUGGACUUGGAAUCCAUUCGAAGGAAAAAUAAGGCAAAAAAUGAACAAAAUCAUCAUGGUGUUGAUAACAAGCAGCAAAACAUCGUCCAGAGGCAGUAUCUCACAUUUAAACCUCAGACAUUUGUAUACCCAGAUCCUGUGUUACGACCUGGAGUCCUUGGUAAUUUUGAACCCAAAGAGCCUGAGCCUCAUGGAGUUGUUGGUGGCCCUGGAGAGGAAGCGAAGCCAUAUGUUUUGGGACCAGAUUACAAAGAAUCCGUUCAAGCCAGCAUUAAAGAGUUUGGGUUUAAUAUGGUGGCUAGUGAUAUGAUCUCGCUAGAUCGGAGCGUUAAUGACUUGCGUCAAGAAGAGUGCAAAUACUGGCAUUAUGAUGAUAACCUGCUCACCUCCAGCGUUGUCAUCGUCUUCCAUAAUGAAGGGUGGUCCACGCUCAUGAGGACAGUUCACAGCGUCAUCAAGCGAACACCAAGAAAAUACUUGGCAGAAAUUGUUCUGAUUGAUGAUUUUAGCAACAAAGCACACUUACAAGAGAGGCUGGAUGACUAUAUAAAGCAGUGGAAUGGCCUUGUAAAGGUAUUUCGAAAUGAGAGGAGAGAAGGUUUGAUCCAGGCUAGAAGCAUUGGAGCCCAGAAGGCUAAACUUGGACAGGUUUUGGUUUACCUUGAUGCCCAUUGUGAGGUGGGAAUUAAUUGGUAUGCACCACUUAUAGCUCCCAUAUCUAAGGACAGAACUACAUGUACUGUACCUCUAAUAGAUUACAUAGAUGGGAAUGAUUAUUCCAUUGAGCCACAACAAGGUGGGGAUGAAGAUGGUUUUGCCAGAGGGGCCUGGGACUGGAGUUUGCUAUGGAAACGAAUUCCGUUAAGCCACAAGGAAAAGUCCAAACGAAAACAUAAAACUGAGCCUUAUCGGUCCCCUGCAAUGGCUGGUGGAUUGUUUGCCAUUGAACGUGAUUUCUUCUUUGAACUGGGUCUCUAUGAUCCGGGGCUUCAGAUCUGGGGUGGUGAAAAUUUUGAAAUUUCUUACAAGAUCUGGCAGUGUGGGGGAAAACUGCUGUUUGUUCCCUGUUCUCGUGUUGGACACAUCUAUCGUCUCCAGGGCUGGCAAGGAAAUCCACCCCCUGUCUAUGUUGGGUCUUCUCCUACACUAAAGAACUAUGUCAGAGUUGUGGAAGUGUGGUGGGACGAAUACAAAGAUUACUUCUAUGCCAGCCGGCCUGAGACGAAAGCGCUGCCCUAUGGAGAUAUAUCUGAGCUGAAAAAAUUCCGUGAAGAUCACAACUGCAAAAGUUUUAAGUGGUUUAUGGAAGAAAUAGCAUAUGAUAUAACUUCAUAUUACCCCUUACCACCCAAAAAUGUGGACUGGGGAGAGAUUAGAGGCUUUGAAACCUCUUACUGCAUCGACAGCAUGGGGCACACCAACGGUGGCUUUGUUGAGCUUGGGCCGUGCCACAGAAUGGGAGGAAAUCAGCUUUUCCGAAUCAAUGAAGCCAAUCAACUCAUGCAGUAUGAUCAAUGCUUAACUAAAGGACCAGAUGGAUCCAAAAUUAUGAUUACACACUGCAAUCAGAACGAAUACAAGGAGUGGCAAUUCUUCAAGAAUCUGCACAGAUUUACUCACAUUCCAUCAGGGAAGUGCUUGGAUCGCUCCGAAGUCCUCCAUCAAGUUUUCAUUUCAGAGUGUGACUCCAGUAAAGCAACACAAAAAUGGGAAAUGAACAACAUCCUUAGUGUGUAGACAGACAAAACCUACCUACUGACGCAUUCAUUUGUACAGGACUGAAAAUAGCCUGAAAACUGCUGCAGUUAUUAACUUUGUACAGCUGUGAGCCUCCUGGCUUGGAUGAAGGACAUAGAGGAACUGUGAUUAUUACAAUAACAUUAUCAUCCGCAGUUAAUGUUUACAAAACUGCUUUACCUUAAACUCUGUAGAUGUUUACAUCUUUUUGUUUCAAGAUGUUGGUAAAUUAAUGUGCUGUUAGCUAUGGUUCAUAGGAACAUAGUUAAAAGCGUUGUCUUCUUUGGGAUUACACUCAGGGGUCUGAAGGCAGUUUUUUUACACACACUUGAAAAGGUUGGAGUAAUCAGAUUUUCAUAGAACUUGGUGAUUAUCAACCUGUUGUAUAUUUUUAUUUAAUUUUACAUCUUACUAAGCACUGCCACAGGUUAUUAGCCAGGGUGGCCUUCUCUCACAGUCAUGCUGCUUUUUUGGAAGAUGAAUUUCAACAUAUUUAGUGCCUCUUUCAUUUCUCUCUUUCACAAGGAAAGCAUUUGUUGGAAAUUUACAGUGGUUUGUUCUGAGCUGUCACCGGGGGUAGGAGCCAACUGUACCACCCUAUGUAAUUACUGAGCUAAUGAAGACAAAUUUCUAUUGCCAGUUUGGCUGCUCUGCUUUGACUGAAUACUUGGUACGGUGGAAGGAAGAUCGUCGAGUUUAGUGCUAAUGUGGUACAGUUUCAUGGAGGUAAGCACCCUCAUGAAUCCAGUUAAGAAUUUAUAAGCACUAAUUUGCUUGUUUAAACCAUGCCUUACAUAAAAAUAAUUAAAACAAACAACAACAAACAAGCUGCACAAUUAUCUAAAACUUGGAAAGAAUCAAAUACUUCAUUUAUACCGCUAUUUUGAAAGGAAAUCAAAUAGAGGUGGACUAAAACUUUAAAUUAGGAAAAAACAUCCAGCUGCUUUACACAUCCGUGUAAUUUGUGACGAGGACAUCUGUCAGCCAGUUUGGAUUGCCAGAUUUAGAACAAAAAGAGAAAUGGAAAUCCUGAAAUCACACUUGUUCGUUCUAAUUUUCUUGCUAUUUCUGUCAUUCUCAACUUCUCCAGAGGGAUUACAAACACAAAAAACCAACUGCUUGGUGCUAUAGUGUACAGAGUAGAAUGUGAAGGAGUUGUUUCUAAAAAUGUUCUGGAAAGGAGUUGAUGCAAACUCCCUUAGGAGUAUAAGUAUUUACUCUGAACGAAUAGAGAGGUGGAGGGGAAAUGACUUAUCCUCACUUCCUUUGUCCAGAUUUUGUGACCUAAAUGUCGACAUCAGUGUACUGAUUCCAUAACAGUUAUCCCCAUAACACGUCACACAAUUAAGUAUGACUAAAUACUUCCCUGAAGUCUAGAAUAGCGUUGCAUGCAGCUUCCAUUGAUGUUUUAACAAGGUUAGUGUAUCAUAUUUGGUGACAGAGUUGGAUCUUUAUAGAUCUGUCUGCACUGAUCUAUUAGUUUGGGAUCUUUCCUAGUUUCUUUAAACUUCUCAUCUAUCCUUUCAGAGCUAUGAAAAAUAGAAAAUAAAGGAGGGAGAAACUGGGAAAAAAGGAAAAGAAGGUUUUGUGCCGGUACUUGUUCCAUGUGUGUGUGAAAACUGACUCCAUUUGUGUGUUGGGUAGAUUAAUUUAAUCAUACAACUAUGCAUAAGAGAAAGAAUGGUGGCACAUAAAUUGUGCGGGUGUGCAUUUUAAAUGGGUAUUAUGUGCAAUUCAUUGAAAGCUGAUGCUGUAUGUGAAUAUGAAUCUGUGUGUGAGACUGAAACCUUACAAAACAUGAGAUCAUAAGAAGCUGUUGCUGUAAUGACUUUUUCCUACUAUAGCCGGCUUGGAAAAAAAUAAUUCCCAUAUUCUUGCUUUGUAAGUUGAGGAUAAUAUCACUAUGCAUUUCUACAUAUUUUAUAGAUUUGAUUUAUGCAGAUUUUGAUACACUGUAUGUUUCUGUAGAAAUUGUAUAAAUCUUUAAAAAAUUUAUUAGGGAUAAAUCGGGGAAACCUAUGUAAUCUUACUCAUGGGUUGCUUGUUUUUUAGGUGAAGUAAAUAAAAUAUUUGAAUUUUUUGUUUUAUUAUA